ACUCUACUACUGUAUGCUGUCUACUGCGAACGCUCUCUAUCCUCAAAUAUCUCGAGACUGCAAACUGCACAGACAAAGAUGGCCAGCUGAGGGCUGACUUGAGGUUGUUAUCUUCCUCGGGGAAACGAAACUACAAGACGACCAGCGGUACAAGAGGCAACUGCUGCAUUUGCGCGCCUAUUCGGGGUUUUGGCUGUAAAGGUAUAAAGUAGGAGCUCCAUGAAUAAACAAAUCAGUAUGCACCUAUUGGUGCUGGCUGGAAUCUUUUAUUGUUCAGCAAUGCUCUUGCAAACAGAUCCUGUGGCAGCCAAUGGUGCUGCUCAACCUAUGCCUUGCAAGUCACGUGUCAUGUCUGACAAUGCCAUCCUCUCUCUUCCUGCUGGCCUGUUAGCAGGCAAUGAGUGUUAUUUUCUCCUGACACGGAAUGCAUCUGAUGCCAACGUGACAACACUCCUUUUCUCAUCUCUUGCCAUGCAAGGAAAUGACUACCUUCUACUGUAUGAUGGGAAUGUCUCUGGUGUCCUAAACCCAGCUGACAUAGUAGCCAACAUGAGCGGCACCAGAGAGCCCUUCCUAGCAGUCUUCUCAUCUAACGUCUCGACAGUUAUGGUUCACAUCACCAGUAAUGACAGCCGCAGCAACUUCACAGCUAUGCUGAGCUUACAUGGUUGUGAGCAAGACCAGAGUCUUACUCCUGGAAACUUAGUGCUGCUGCUGUCACCAGAGUAUUCCCCAAGUCAGGGUUCUUUCCAGUGUAAGUACAAAGUCUCCAUGAAUGGGUCAGCUACAGACUCUAAGCUGGCACUUUCCUUCAGGAAUUUCAACUUACCUGGUGCCACUCUGAAUGUUACAACUGAUCUCAAUGCUACCCAAGAGCUGACUGGCGCAAAUCACCCUGCUGAUGUUUAUGCGGACACCUCUAUAGAACUGGUCCUCUCUAUAAAGGGGUCAGUCAACAGUUCACAGGAUUUUAUUGCCUUUGUCUCCGUUAUUAGCAAAGCAUGUCAAGGUGUGAAGACUGUGAAUGGGAGUGGCUACAUUAACUUCACUGUGCCAGAGUUACAUCCUUACCAACAGGAUUGCCGCGUGACAGUGAAGGCUGCAAGUGGGAAGUCGCUGUUGUUGAAUGUCACCACUCUGCAACUGAGUCAAGGCGAUGCUUUGAAUGUCUUUGAUGGUGCAUCUGUGACUGGGCGGCAGCUUGCAGUAUUCCAGACGCCCAGUCAACCAUACAUCUUGGUCAGCACUGGGCAAGAUCUCCUGGUACGACUAAUUGUUGAUGACUCACCUGGCAUUCGUAAUGUGGUUAUCAAAAUUACAGAGCAAGUAGAGGGUGGACUGUACUCAAACAGCAACUUCACUCUUCAAUACCCAGGGAGCAACACAACUCAGUACUACCUCCUUAAGACUUCGUCACAAGAAGAGAUGCUACAGAUUUUAUUGGAAAGCAAACCAGAAAAUGGAACAUAUGCCAUCAUUGUGUACAACAGGUGCACAAACAAUGUGCUUGUCACCUUCAGUCCCAAGAACCUGCCCUUCCCUCUAGCUGUGGCAUGUACCGAAGUUCUGCUGGAGGCCACAUGGUUUGAGUCCCGUCAAAAUUUUACAGCGUCAGUUUCUGAUACAAUCAAAGGCUGCAGUCAGACUACUUCAGCUGCCCUGGGAAGCUACACCAUAACCUCUACACCAGACUUACCUCCCCUGUGUCGUUUAACCAUCAUCCCACAGGUUAAAGGCAUUACUAUGGUGGACUUCUUGUCACUGUCUGUAAAAGGCAACCAGACGCUGACGGUGUACAGCGGUGUCAAAGAGUAUGGCACUGCAGUUGCCAGCUUUACAGCAAACAACACCAUCCCUGGACAGCCUUUACCAUCAGUCUCCAUUCCUCUCAACUCCUUCACUGACCUUGUCUUCAGUGGCUACACAUCCAGUAACCUGUCAACAACCCUGGUCAGUGUUUAUUACCAGGUGGUAAAUUCAGUGUGUGGUGGGGUUCUGCCUCUUCCUUCUGGCCGCAUGACCAGCCCCCGAUUUCCCAACCAGUACCCUCUUAAUGUGGACUGCACCUGGAUUUUACCCAACACCUCUGCCAAUACUUCUGUGCUCUUCCAUGUGGAAAACUUUAGCCUGGCCCAGAACCACUCCCUGGUUAUCCUCUCAGAGGGUGGUGAAGCAAGAUCUAAUUUCACUGUAGAACAUCAGCCAACAGAAGACCUUCUGUACACCAGAGCUGGAAGUGAUUCCAUAACAUUUUCCUCUGCCAGGCAAAAUAACUUGAUAGGUGAAAACCAGGUGUCGCAAGGUUUUGCUUUAGACUUCUGGAUUUUGGAAUGUGGAAGAAACCUGGUAGCAAAAAGUUCAGAGUUCUCUACCCCUGGUUUCCCAGACAAGAAGAUCAACACCUCACUGUGUGUGUGGCGGAUACAACUGCCACCUACAGAAAAUGGCAUCGUCAAUAUCGUCAACCUUACCCUUACCAUUGUUGCUUCCAGUGAAGUGAAAGUGGCUCAGCUGGUGCAAGUGCUGGAUGGUCCCUCUUUGCAAUCCCCACCUCUCAACAUCACUUUGGCCGCAGGCACAACUUCUGCUUUGUCACGAAGAAACACAGUCAUGGUUGUUUUCAAUAAUUCUGCCAUGCCGUCUUCUGCUGCAGGUCUUGCUCUCAAAGCCAGUUACACUACAUUUGGCUGUGAUAAAGCUCACCAGUGUGACAAUGGCUUAUGUAUCCAUCCGGACUGGCGAUGCAAUGGUCAUGAUGACUGUGGUGAUGACACUGAUGAAAGGAACUGCACAGGUCCUAAUGACACAUCUGGAAUGGUACAUUCCUAUUUGGUGGCAAUAUGUCUGAUUCUGGGAAUCUUGGCUGGAGUGGUUCUGGCUGUCUGUAUCCCUCGUCUAAUGCGCCGCUAUCGCCACAAUGCUUACAGAAGUUUCCGUGAUGAGCCUGUUGUGACAUAGAUGAUGACAUGCGCGGGUGACAGCUGUGCCAUCUGUGUAACAGACACACCAAAUCAGCAUUUUGAAUGUUAUAUAUGCUAGCAAUGAGCAGUGCUUAUCAUUUUAUUUCUUUCAGUAAUGUCUACUUUCAUGAAUUUUGCAUUUUGAUAAUUAUAUUUUCUUUUAUCAUAUGCUUCGCAUAUUUUAAGAUAUUUCAUUCUUAUUUCUUCCUGCUAUUCUUCUGUAAUCAAAAUAAAUACUUUAAUGUACUGGUAGAGUACAUCUCAUGCCAUGAAGACUAUAGCCGUACUGGUAGACUACGUCUAAUUCCAUGAAGACUAUAGCAUACUGGUAGACUACAUCUCAUUCCAUGAAGACUAUAGCAUACUGGUAGACUACAUCUAAUUCCAUGAAGACUAUAGCCGAACUGGUAGACUACGUCUAAUUCCAUGAAGACUAUAGCAUACUGGUAGAGCACAUCUUUCUUUGCCUUGUAUUGUGAUCUCACUGCACUUGACCCUGUACUCACAUGUCAACAAGUAUUAACAAGCAAGAUAUAAAUAAUAAUGUAAAAGGGCACUGUCAAAAAGUCAGGGUUCCAUUAGUACAGUCUUGAAGCAGUCCUGUUCUUGGUCGCCUUGUUAAUAGCAACACAGGUACGUUAUCUCCCUUUGUUUCCUCAUAGAUGACCUCUCUGAGCCACUUGCAGUGAUAUCAUGAUCUUGCUCACCUACUGUAUGUGAUGUCAUGCUCUUACUCAUCUACUGUGAGUAAAGGCUCAAACUCUUAAACACCUACUGUGUGUAUACAUAUAGCCUAACCUGAACUAACGUAGCCACAUGCAAGUACACUUGAACUCCUAAACACCUACUGUGAGUAUACAUAUAGCCUAACCUAAACUAACGUAGCCACAUGCAAGUACACUUGAACUCCUAAACACCUACUGUGAGUAUACAUCAUAACCAACCAUGUUUGCCUGUGAAAAUGCACAAAUGAGAUUCUUUUUAAAGACAUCAACUAGAACACUUAGUGAGACAUGAUUCUUGUAGCUGACAUUCACAAGAGCAUUGUCUGCCACCUGGCAAAAUGUCAUAUAGAAUGUCACUCUGAGACAGUAAUAGCUUACAUGGACCACAGUAAAAAACAUUUUUAUGUUGCAGACAGGGUAGUUCAGUUGGAGAUGGUGGUGUGGUUGUUACUUUUGGUUUUAACAUUCUACAUUUCUCCUUGUGCUGUCAGUUGUAAGGGCAAAUGCUGGUAUUGAUAUGGAAAGUCAGAUUUUAUUUAACUUUAACUAACCAGUAGCCACAUUGAACAGAAGUGUUCUUAAAUAUUGUAUGUGCAGAGCUGACCAAAAUGUUCCAAUAGGUUUGAACAAGUUAUCAUGAUCACUUGAUAAAAUACUGAAGCCAGUGAUUCAGAUUCUCACACUAACAGUUUUGUCAUCAUUCAAUAUGUUGUCAUGGUAAUAUGAUUACUUACUCGCAGCUCAUAGACAUUUGACAUUAUUCUUACCUUCUGAUACCUGACAUUGCUUACCUUUUGACACCCACCUGACAUUGUGCUGGUGUGCAUAGUCUUAACUGGCUAACACCUAACAAAUAUUUGUCAUAUGCUGAAGUGUGUAGGCUUGCACAGCUGACACGUGACAAAUAUUAGCCACAUGCUGAUGCACUUGACUGUUACUGGUAGCAGCCAUCAUGCAGUGGGAAUAGGCAAAUAGACUAGAAAUGAGUGGUCCUUCUCUGCCUGUGCCAUUAUUCCGAUUUUUCAGAUGUGACAUUUCGUCAAGAGAUAGAGCAUUAAUAAAGUUGACUGGCUGAUAGGCAAAAAGUUGUGCUUGUGCAUGUACAGCUUUAUUUUGUAUGUGUUAAACAUGUGAGUGACACCUGCCUUCUCCUAUUGUCAGCCAGUGUGAAAUGUGCAUAUUGUAUUGGUAGAUGCUGUUUUUUGACAUCAUUACUUUACCUAUAACUGGAGAUGAAUUUUUAAAAUACUAACCUCGUGUAGUCAUUUUAAUGCAGCUUCUAGGUAUUUCUUUUAAAACUUUUUAAAGAUACUAAGUGGGCAUUUUUUCUGCUUUGUUUGAAGAUCUGAAUUUAAUCUGUGACUGAAGAUUGCACAAGAUGCAUUAUGUGUACAGUUCUUUUUGGUCCACCGAUGUAAUCUAUAACCAUGAAAUAUGUAGACAAGAGGAUCUAUAGUCACCUUUAAAAUGUAUGUUUUUUGCCUUUCUUUUACAUUUGAAAAUAAACAUUUCUUUUCACUUGGAAA